AUGUUUUUCGCAGAAGUGAUAGUGCGUAAAUCGGCAAUAGCUUUUCUGGUAUACUUUCUUGCUAUGGUUCUUCCUGAACGGAAACCUGAUCCACCAGGAAUUUAUGAGAAACCCUUCAAAGAACUGUAUGAUUACAUCGUUGUAGGAGCUGGUUCUGCAGGUAGUGUUGUUGCCACUCGAUUAUCGGAGGAUUAUGAAACUUCAGUUCUUUUGUUGGAGGCUGGAAUGUCCGAUUUGGAACCUGAUGACGUAACCCAAAUACCAGCUCUGUGGGCUUCCCUUAUAGGUUCUGAUAAAGAUUGGGGAUAUCAUUCUGUUCAACAAAAGUACUCCCAUUUUGCAUAUGAAAAUGAGAGGGCUUACAUAGCACAAGGCAAAGUGCUUGGAGGUUCAUCAUCGAUAAAUGCACAAAAUAUUUUAAGAGGCAGUCGAAACAGCUAUGAUCAAUGGGAACACGAAGGGGCAGUCGGUUGGGGGUACGACGAUGUUCUGCCCUUCUUCAGAAAACUCGAAAAUGCUACAGAUACAUCUUACGGAGACUCAAGUUAUUGA